AUGCAGAACAUCAAAGAGUACUUCGAGAACAUGAAGUCUAAGGGUGGUUCAUCGUCCUCGUCCUCUCAACCUGUCCCUGAAAGUCCCAUUCCGGCUCAUGUUGAACUCCCUACUAAUCUAGAGUCUACUUCCACUGGGGAUGCUCAGCCGGUCAUAGAUGCCAUUGAGCCCGGAGAUCAGCCAGAUCAAAAACGGAGAAAGGGGGACUCUGUGGUUGCUGAUUUUUCCACCAAGCCUUUUGUUGGCCGGCUAGUAACCAAGACUCAGCAGCCGGGGCGUAAGGCUGCUAGUCAUGCGAACGAUCCGGCCCAUAAAGCCCUUGUCACACGUGCCGACGUUGCCGCUGGCACUGGGCAUUAUAGGAAAUUCCUAUUAGGAAUGCUGGUGAGCUUAUGA